AUGGCGCCGAACAACAAUGCUGAAAUUGAGCCGAAAGCUCUAUGGAUCCUUGACGAACAGGAAUGUCAAUGUGAUGACAACGGAUGCGGAAUGGACUUCGAUUUGUCCUAUCUUUAUGAAUACAAUGUUCUGAACAACUUGAGCGCUAAAUAUGCUGCGAUCAUCAUGGAUGCUAAAACAACUUGGCUUUUUGACGAGUUCGAAAGCAUGGAACAACAAGAGUUCUUCGAGCCAGAAGUUCACCUGGAAUUCCUUGAAGACCGCUCAAUUUUGUUGAAUCUGGGAAAGAAAUAUGUCUUCGCCCUCAAGAAGGAUUCUGACAACAUCAUGAGCUUCGGACCAAAGAAGGAUUCUGACAACAGCUUCGGACCCAAGAAGGAUUCUGACAGCAGCUUCGGACCCAAGAAGGAUUCUGACAGCAGCUUCGGACCAAAGAAGGAUUCUGACAGCAGCUUCGGACCCAAGAAGGAUUCUGACAGCAGCUUCGGACCCAAGAAGGAUUCUGACAACAUCAUGAGCUUCGGACCAAAGAAGAAUUCUGACAGCAGCUUCGGACCCAAGAAGGAUUCUGACAGCAGCUUCGGACCAAAGAAGGAUUCUGACAGCAGCUUCGGACCAAAGAAGGAUUCUGACAACAUCAUGAGCUUCGGACCAAAGAAGGAUUCUGACAGCAGCUUCGGACCCAAGAAGGAUUCUGACAGCAGCUUCGGACCCAAGAAGGAUUCUGACAACAUCAUGAGCUUCGGACCAAAGAAGGAUUCUGACAGCAGCUUCGGACCCAAGAAGGAUUCUGACAGCAGCUUCGGACCAAAGAAGGAUUCUGACAGCAGCUUCGGACCAAAGAAGGAUUCUGACAGCAGCUUCGGACCCAAGAAGGAUUCUGACAGCAGCUUCGGACCCAAAAAGGAUUCUGACAACAUCAUGAGCUUCGGACCAAAGAAGGAUUCUGACAGCAGCUUCGGACCCAAGAAGGAUUCUGACAGCAGCUUCGGACCAAAGAAGGAUUCUGACAGCAGCUUCGGACCAAAGAAGGAUUCUGACAACAUCAUGAGCUUCGGACCAAAGAAGGAUUCUGACAGCAGCUUCGGACCCAAGAAGGAUUCUGACAGCAGCUUCGGACCCAAGAAGGAUUCUGACAACAUCAUGAGCUUCGGACCAAAGAAGGAUUCUGACAGCAGCUUCGGACCCAAGAAGGAUUCUGACAGCAGCUUCGGACCAAAGAAGGAUUCUGACAGCAGCUUCGGACCAAAGAAGGAUUCUGACAGCAGCUUCGGACCCAAGAAGGAUUCUGACAGCAGCUUCGGACCCAAAAAGGAUUCUGACAACAUCAUGAGCUUCGGACCAAAGAAGGAUUCUGACAGCAGCUUCGGACCCAAGAAGGAUUCUGACAGCAGCUUCGGACCAAAGAAGGAUUCUGACAGCAGCUUCGGACCAAAGAAGGAUUCUGACAACAUCAUGAGCUUCGGACCAAAGAAGGAUUCUGACAGCAGCUUCGGACCCAAGAAGGAUUCUGACAGCAGCUUCGGACCAAAGAAGGAUUCUGACAGCAGCUUCGGACCAAAGAAGGAUUCUGACAACAUCAUGAGCUUCGGACCAAAGAAGGAUUCUGACAGCAGCUUCGGACCCAAGAAGGAUUCUGACAGCAGCUUCGGACCCAAGAAGGAUUCUGACAACAUCAUGAGCUUCGGACCAAAGAAGGAUUCUGACAGCAGCUUCGGACCCAAGAAGGAUUCUGACAGCAGCUUCGGACCAAAGAAGGAUUCUGACAGCAGCUUCGGACCAAAGAAGGAUUCUGACAGCAGCUUCGGACCCAAGAAGGAUUCUGACAGCAGCUUCGGACCCAAAAAGGAUUCUGACAACAUCAUGAGCUUCGGACCAAAGAAGGAUUCUGACAGCAGCUUCGGACCCAAGAAGGAUUCUGACAGCAGCUUCGGACCAAAGAAGGAUUCUGACAGCAGCUUCGGACCAAAGAAGGAUUCUGACAACAUCAUGAGCUUCGGACCAAAGAAGGAUUCUGACAGCAGCUUCGGACCCAAGAAGGAUUCUGACAGCAGCUUCGGACCCAAGAAGGAUUCUGACAACAUCAUGAGCUUCGGACCAAAGAAGGAUUCUGACAGCAGCUUCGGACCCAAGAAGGAUUCUGACAGCAGCUUCGGACCAAAGAAGGAUUCUGACAGCAGCUUCGGACCAAAGAAGGAUUCUGACAACAUCAUGAGCUUCGGACCAAAGAAGGAUUCUGACAACAGCUUCGGCCCAAAGAAGGAUUCGGACAACAGCUUCGGACCAAAGAAGGAUUCGGACAACAGCUUCGGACCAAAGAAGGAUUCUGACAACAGCUUCGGCCCAAAGAAGGAUUCGGACAACAGCUUCGGACCAAAGAAGGAUUCUGACAACAGCUUCAGACCAAAGAAGGAUUCUGACAACAGCUUCGGAUCAAAGAAGGAUUCUGACAACAGCUUCGGCCCAAAGAAGGAUUCUGACAACAGCUUCGGACCAAAGAAGGAUUCUGACAACAUCAUGAGCUUCGGACCAAAGAAGGAUUCUGACAACAGCUUCGGCCCAAAGAAGGAUUCGGACAACAGCUUCGGACCAAAGAAGGAUUCGGACAACAGCUUCGGACCAAAGAAGGAUUCUGACAACAGCUUCGGCCCAAAGAAGGAUUCGGACAACAGCUUCGGACCAAAGAAGGAUUCUGACAACAGCUUCGGACCAAAGAAGGAUUAUGACAGCAGCUUCGGACCAAAGAAGGAUUCGGACAACAGCUUCGGACCCAAGAAGGAUUCAUCAUUCGUGACCAUUGGAAAAAAGAACGGCGUUUCAAAUCUGGUGCUCCAUCAAAACGGCAAUGUCUUGUACAAAUUGUAUACUAGCUGCGCGACUUCAAUGGUUGCGACAAACACGAAUUUCACUUCAAACUUCUCAAAACUCUCAUUUAAUCAUUCAAUCAUUUGUUAA